AUGGAGCCUACCCGGAGCUUCGACAGAGGUCGACCAAGUCCCCGAAUCAGCAGACGCGCUGAGUCCCUACCAAGUGCUCUAGACCAUAUGGAUAGUCUUUUAAAGCGUGCAGACACGUUCGCGUUUCUCCUCGACUAUGAUGGAACGUUAACAGCCAUCGUAGAAGAUCCAAAUGGCGCUGUGCUUGGCGAGCGCGUUCGCGGCAUUUUACAAGAGCUAGCGCGACUAUAUCCCGUCGCCAUCGUCACAGGUAGAUCGCGGGAGAAAAUUAUACAACUUGUUGGAAUCAAAGGCGUAUACUAUGCAGGUUCGCAUGGGUUUGACAUAGAAGUACCUCUUCGAAAAUCGCGUCCUUCAAAUGGUAGUUCUUUGGAGAAUGGAGAGAUCAGCGCCCUUGCAGAUGCGAUGCAGACUAAAGAUCCAGAGGAUGCAUAUUUCCGCUAUCAUAUAGCGGAAGAAGUCAUACCGGUUCUACGUGAAGCCGCGAGGCAUUUGCGAUCUAUUUUCGGCCUCGAAGAGCCUGCAUCGGAUCUGCCUGAGCCCGAACGGCGAGUAGAUGGACAAGAAACAGUUACCGCCAAUGUUCAGGCUCCAAAGCAGAUGGCGUGCAGUAACAUUGACGACUGUGGAGCACCGGGGAGCAUGUUGCUGCCUCCGCUGCCGAUUCAGCCAGAGCCGUCGUCACCGCCUGUUUUCGAUCCAAGUUUUCUGAGUCAGGUCGAUCGGCUGCUUACCGAGAGAUACGCUGUUCGGGGCAUCGGCAUAGAGGAUAACCUUCUUUCGAUUUCGAUCCAUUAUCGACGCUGCGACCCAGCGCAUGUGCCAACAAUCGAGAAAAUUGUGGAUUCUAUUGCGUACAAGUACGGUCUCCGAAAAACCCGCGGAAAAUGUGUGUUUGAACUACGACCGGCAGUCAAAUGGGACAAGGGGCGCGCAGCGAAGUGGCUUCUUGAGAUGAUUCAAUGCCGUGAGAAGCGUGAGUAUGUGCCUGUUUACGUUGGAGAUGACGUCACCGACGAGGACGCCUUGAGAUUCGUCACAAACUUCGGCGGCGUUGGCAUCAUCGUCACGGAGGAUGAUUCACGCGAAACGGCAGCGACUUGGCGGCUUCGAGAUCCCGAUGAAGUAGCUGAGUUCCUUGAGCAUUUUGUUAGGGCCAGGCCUGGAGGAGUAUCACCCAGUAGCAGCUGA